AUGGUCAAGAAGGACAAGGGCGGCACUUUUGCUGUUGAUGGCAUCCUCUACAAGGAGGCGAAGAUGGAGAUGAUCCUCGACGGCUAUACGACGCCUCUCACCUCCGGCAACUUCCUCGACCUCGUGUCCAAGGGCUUCUACAACGGCAUGGCCAUCCAGCGCGCCGACGGCUUCGUCGUCCAGACCGGCGACCCCGACGGGCCCGACGGCCCCUUGAUCGGCUACGGGCAGGACGGCGAUCCGAAGAAGGAGCCGCGGCGCGUGCCGCUCGAGCUCUUCGUCGACGGCGACAAGGCGCCGACCUACGGCGAGACGACGGAGGACGGCCAGCGCGGCUCGGCGCAGACCGUGCUGCCCUUCCAGGCCUACGGCGCGCUCGGCAUGGCGCGCGACGAGUACGAGGCCGACUCGGCGUCGUCCCAGUUCUUCUUCCUCCUCUUCGACAGCGACCUCACGCCCGCGGGCAAGAACCUCCUCGACGGCCGCUACUCGUGCUUCGGCUACACCAUCGCGGGCUCCGACUUCCUCGGCGCCGUCGAGGAGGGCGACAUCAUCAAGUCCGUCAAGAUCCUCAAGGCGCCGCCGCCCUUCGGCGACUACAAGGGGCCCGACCCCUAG